AUGCGGCCCGUUCGCCGCUGUCUCCUUGUUCGCCUCGUCGCGUGGCGUCACGAAGCCGAUCCCGUGACCGCCGUUCGCAUCGUCAUCGUUCGCCCCCUCCUUGUUCAUCUCGCCAGCGGUCGCCUGCCCGCCAGACGUCUAGGCGUCAGCCCCCAGCUCCGCGUUCGCCCCCUCCUGCAAAGCGCCAACGGCUCUACUCCCCUCGUCGCGGGGACCGUUUUCCUGGCCGCCAGCGUCAGCAGGGCCCAUCUCGCCCGCAGUCGCCUGUGCGCUCGAGCGCAAGUGGGCGUGCGCGUCGUGGGCGACGGGGAGGUGACAGUCGCGGCGGAAAAGCGGGUCCAGCGCCCGCGUUCAGAGCGGCCGCUGCCAACGGGGAUUGGCUUCGUAGGUGCUGGUGGCGGGCCGCCGUGGGCUCAGUUUGCUUCGCCGCGUCCUCUUCCUGCUCCGCGUGAUCUCGCCGUGUCGUCUCAUCGUGCCCGCGCGUAUGCGUUGCUUCCGCCGAUGAAGGAAGUUCCCACGGCGACCCUGGCCCGCCUAUGGUCGCUGGCGGCGUCCCUGCAGAGCCUUGAGCGGAUUCUCCAGGAGUCAUUUGACUCCAUGCCGGAUCGUGUUGCGGUGUUCCCUGAAGCCAUAGACUUCCUGGAGCUCUGUGGCUUUGAGAAGGACGCACAGGAAGAGCACCUGGUGAUGCCAGCAGAGAAGGCAAUUCCGGAAAUCCUCAACGUAGCGGGGCAAGAGCUGCACGCUGCCAUCUACAAUCCCUUCUUUGGCGUGUUCUAG